ACGUCAAGCUUGGCCAUGAUGUUCACGUCCACUUCAAGCCACUUCGGCAUUUGCGCUGACCAUGUCGGCCACAACGUCCGGCCCCUCUCGCCGUCUAGCUGCUUUAUCGCGGCAGCUACAGCCCGUGCCAUGCGCCGUUUCCACACGGGACCAAACCGUCGCAGAACUUGCAGCGGAGCGUGCCCGCGCCAGCUUCUCGCCUCGCGCCAUGGCCGACUUCAUCUUCGGUGGGAAGAGGCAGACCGAUGUGCGUUUGAAGGCCAUGCAGCUACUGGAGGACCAUCCAGAAUUCCGUAACGAUGUCGGAGUCUUUGACCGUUCGCUGGCUGAGCGUCGAGAGCACACUGUGCAACGCUUGCGCCGCCUGUACUCGCUCUUCAUGGUGCACGGCGGUGACGUAGAGAAGCGCGAGACAUUGACGGACAUUGUGGGCGUCUUCGAUCUGCCUCUGUGGACACGUAACGGCGUCCACUUCGGACUCUUUUUGGGCGCCAUAAUGGGUCAGGGAGACCAGGAGCAACAAGACGAGUGGAUGCUGCCCACUAUGAUGCUGGAGCUCUUCGGCUGCUACGGUAUGACGGAGCUCGGUCAUGGUAGUUUCACGAGGGGAUUCGAGACCACGGCAACAUUCGACGUAAAGACCGAUGAGUUCGUGAUCCACACGCCCACAGACACGGCGACCAAGUGGUGGAUAGGUGGAGCUGGACAGACAGCCACACACACGGUGUGCUUUGCGAGACUUGUGCUACCGAAUGAUGAUGCUGACCACGGAGUGCAGAGCUUCAUUGUGCCACUACGUGACGUGGAGACACAUAGCCCUCUAUCCGGUGUACGAAUCGGUGACAUGGGCUCCAAGAUGGGACUACAAGGAGUGGACAAUGGAUGGAUCCAGUUCGACAAUGUCCGUAUCCCAAGAGCAAACAUGCUGCGUCGCUAUGCUCAAGUCUCGAGAGAUGGAGUGUUUUCUCAGACGCAACACAAGGCGCAGUUGGCGUAUGCUGCUCUGCUUGUGAACCGUGGCAAGAUCGUGACCUUGAGUGUUGGAGUAUUGGAGAAGGCACUGACGAUCGCUGUGCGCUAUGCCGCUGUGCGACGUCAAGGUUUGCAAGUGAAUUCUAAGGAUCCUCAUGUUGAAACGCGUUUACUCGAUUACCAGACGCAUCAAUACCGUCUAAUGCCAGUGCUAGCACGCGCGUAUGCCUACCGACUGCAGACCAGGCACAUCACUCGCCUACUGCAGCAAUUUGAUACGCAAGGAAGCGACAUCUCAGAGGCGCUUUUGGCCGAUAUUCAUGGCACAAUGUCUGGUUUUAAGGCGUUUUGUACAUGGGAUGUCCAGGAAGGAAUUGAUGCCUGUCGACAGAGCUGCGGUGGCAACGGGUACAGCAAGUACACGGGCCUAGCGGAGCUUCUAGCAGACUUUUCAGUUAUGGUGACGUUCGAGGGAGAUAACACGGUCAUGGCGCAGCAGACAGCACACUAUCUAAUGCGCUCAGUGGAGAAGUUACGCCGUGGGGAAAAGCUGUCCGGGUCAGUGCAGUAUCUGGAGAGAGAGCACGCUAGUAACCUACGUCGUCAGUGGGGUGUAGAGGGUUCUGCUGACUUGAACAAUGCGGCGUUGCUUCGAGAUGCGCUAGACGUGUACACUGGUCGUCAAGUGCUGCAGGUAGCAGCUAAAUUGGCUGCUGGUAAUGGAACGACUGAGGCUGAGCGCAUGCAUUCGUGCCAAGUGGACCUUGUUGAGGUUGCGCGUGUUCACGUGUUCUACAAUGUUGCCUCAGCUUUUCUUCAGCAUAUCGAAGAGCUCAAGAUGAAAUCGUCAGGAAAGAACGAGACUCUCGUACCAGCACUGGAAGCUCUGUGCCAGCUUUAUAUUUGUCAAGAACUUGAUCGCGGUGCCGCCUUCUUACUCAAACAGAGGUUCAUGUCGCCAUUCCAGAGCAACCUCGUCCGUGCGAGGCUGAUGGAAGGCUGUGCUCGUGUGCGUGAUGAUGCUGUGGCUCUCGUUGACGCAUUCAUGCUUACAGAUACGGUGGUGAACUCGUCGGUCGGUCGUGCUGACGGCAGCAUCUACGAAGGAGCACUCGCCGUUGUGCACCAUCGCGUGGGCCCAACCCCGUACUUCGCUACUGCUAUCAAGCCAAUGUUUGACGGCGAGCUACUGGAAUGAGCAAGUUCAUUGUAUAUACACGGACUUCGACACUUUACGAAGUUUUGUUGUGCUAACUUUCAAAAUGUCAAUAACAAUUCUUUGGUUUAUUCGUCAACGG